GCGCGCGGGUAUUGGUAAUGACGAUCGUGAUGACGGUUGGCCACCGAUUCUAGAACGCUUAGUAGGCUACGUGUCGAGGAGAACAACCGGCCCCUUGUUGGUGUGGUGUGUUCUACACACAAGUUUAGCGCGAGUCUUCUUCUAAUAGUGCUGGAUCGGCUCAUAUGGUGAUGUGUAUUUUUGCUUUUCUCGGAUGAAAAUGAGUGCUUCUCUUCUCCUGAAGUUAGUCGCCGAAGCAGCAGCGGCAGGGCUCUUUAUACUAGAUGCUUUGGACGCGCGGCGAAGCAUUCCGUGUUAGAACGCCGACUACGGUGAACGUGUGUGUUUUUUUGUUAGAAGUCGCGGCGGUUGCAAGUCUGGAAGUGUGUUACUAGGUAUAGUGUUACUCUGGCUAGGUCAUAGCAAGCUGCGGCGCGGUGGCCCUCAGAACGCGGUGUGCUUAGCGUGUUGGUUCGGGCGCGCAGCAUCCAGAGAGCCGAGUAGGCCGUGCUGGACUAGUCGAGGUGUUCUAGUCGAUGACUACUGCGACGACGACGGUUAGCAGCUAGUAGUGCUGGGUAAUUGAUGGUGAAGAGUUCUAAGUGCAGCAUCCAUUCCGAGUUGUUUUUUUUUUUCUCCUCUGCUUCUUCUAAUGAUCCAAUUAGCCUCGGUGGUCGUCGUCGCGAUAGAAUUAGUGUGUUUGGUUAGUGAAUCGACGGCGACGCCAGUGUGACGGCUGAUUGAAAACACAUUCAAUUCAAGCACUCUGCUGCUGCUGCUGAUGUUCUGCUGCGGUGAAGAAGAGUCUCGACUCAGUGAAGCGCGCAACCAACUCAACACAACUCGGUGGUGGUGAUCAUCGGGAACGUCGAAAAAGGGCGUGACUAUCACGCGCGCACACAUGUGACGCGCGCGGUUUUUUGGCCAUUUGGGCAAGGUUCAUCAGCCGAAGAGAGUGCAUUCAUCAAAUUGGUUUAAGCCAAAGAACGAAGAAGUGUGGUGGUGCUGUGUGUUGGUGCGCUCAAGAAGAAAAGUGAAAGAAGUGGCACAAUUAUUCCACAAUUCUCGAAGAAAGGACAAACACACACUUGCACACACAACCUACUGGUGUUAUCCCUCACCAGCCCUGCACCGUCUUCUGGCACAACAUCUGGCCUGUCUUCUCGACGUACUCGUCUUCAUUCUUCGUAGGUCCACCCGAAACCCGAAAGCGCAAUUUACUUUGCUUAGUGUUUUCCGUGUGAGAGAAGAAGAAACUAAAAAAACACACAACACAGAACUCCGUCAACCACCCCAACAGCAGCGCGAACACCCAGGCCAGGCCAGCGAAGAAGAACAAAUGCUUCUGGAAUGAAUUGUCAUUGACGUUCCAAACCGGAAGCUCUGCGGCGUGCGGCCCUGCCGCUCGGCCAACCCUGAAGCAUGGACGCCCCGUCGAUGGUCCAGCGCGACGGGGACAAACUGAUCGUGCGACGUGUCGUCAGCGGUGAAGAAGUGUUUCUCAGCAGCAGCAACAACAACAACAACAACGCAUCCUCCGGCAAGGAUCAUCAUCAUCAACAGCAACAGCAAUCCCAGUCGAGGCCAUCGAGUCGUGCUUCGUACGCGGACAGUUUCAAGCUACUUUCGGGCGAGGAAGACCUCAGCAAGUUUGGGCUGAUCCUCGAGGACAGUUCGGGGAAGAGUGAUUCCGGUGGCGGGGUUCGUAACAAUAAUAACAACAAUAGUACAAGUGAGUGCGCCGAGCAACAGCUGCCCCAGUGCAAGAUCAAGCGGAAUUACUCGUGCAGCAGCUGUACGUACUUUACGCAGAAUCCGCGCAAAUAUCUUACCCACUUGCGGGAUGUGCACGGCGAGAAGAUCAUCAUCAACGAGUGCAAACGGUGCCUGUACGCGUCCCGGCACUACCAGAAGCUGGUGCGCCACAUGAAGAUGGUCCACGGCUCGACGGACGGCAUCAAGACUCCGUUUAGCUCGCGGCGGCGCGGAACCUUCCGGAAGGAGUUUUUCAAGAAGAACAAGUUCAAAAUGAACAACAACCACCCGAUGACGUCCGGUGGCGGAAGUGGGGGUGGGAGCGGAAGUGGACCAAGUGAAUCUCAGUACAGUCUGAGCAGCAGUGCAAACUACAUUAACCAGCUGAUGAAGAGCAAUCUGAGUAAAAUGUUCAGUGGGGUGAAUGGGGGCAGUGGCGGCAGUGGAGGAGGAGUUGGCGGGGGUGACAGUUCUACGGAGAAUUCACUCUUUUUCCCAGGCAACUUUAAACCGGGCGGCGGGCUAACACUGGCCGAGCAAGCGCAGCAGUUAUCGUCGCAGCUGAAGGGCUCAUCAAACAUAAAUAUCUUUACUGAUAACGGCGGCACCUCGUCGACUUCGUCGGCCGCGCACCAGCUCGGCGAUUCGGUAAACAACGACGUGCUGGCCAUGUUGCAGCACAAUCUGGUAGACAAGGGCAAGCAGCUGACGAUCACUCCGGCGGGGAGCGGCGAAAUGGCGUCGUCCAAGGCGAAGAAGCGUCCGCGGCCCAUUCCGGAUCUGAUUCCGUUGCACAGUAUUAGCCAGCUUCAUCUGACGGGGGAGGCGGGCAAGACGUACCACCUGAACCCGGAGGUGACGAUCAAGACGAGGGUGGCGAGUGGCGAGAAUAACAGCAGCUCGGCUGAUCGCGUUGUUAUAGUGGACGACGACGAUAGUCCGAUUAACUUGACGGCCGAUCAUCAUCAGCAAGAUGAUAAGGGAGGUGGCGGCCUGCAGCAUCAGUGCAUUUUCUGCCAGAUCAUGGUGAGAACAACGGACGACCUGGCACUACAUUUGCGGACGUUCCACAGUGAUGAGUUGUUUGCGCUGUUGCUGCAAAAGAAGCCUGAGGAAAGCGGGCAGGUCGAGCAGCCGCAGCAGCAGCAACAGCAGCAGGUGCAGCAACCUCCGCAGUUGUAUUCCGCUGAAACGCUGACGAUCGACAUCUGGAAGAGGCUACUGGAGAACAACAAAGCAAUCCUGGAGGAGCAGGAAGCUCGGGAGAACGACAGCGAAAUGCAGUCCGGGCAGUUUUCCAACGAUGAAGAUGAUUCGGAAACGGUCGAGUCCGCGAUCAGCAAGAACGACACGUAUUGCGGAGUGGAGACAGCUCCCGGGUAUGGGGAAGUGACGAGUAAGAUCAACCUGGACGGAACUCCGGCUCCAUCGACGGCGAUCAUGAAGAAGGUCUUCAAGUGUCCGCACUGCUCGUUCUGGGCGUCAACGGCGUCUCGCUUCCACGUACACAUCGUGGGUCAUCUGAACAAGAAACCCUUUGAAUGUUCGCUCUGUGCGUACCGGUCCAACUGGCGAUGGGACAUAACGAAGCAUAUCCGCCUGAAGACGAUCCGCGAUCCAAGCCACAAGAACGCCGGCGUCCUGAUGAACGACGAAACGGGCCGGCGGAACUACACCAAGUACAACCGGUACAUCACGCUGAUGAAGGUCACCGACAACAGCUUCAAGGACGCUUCGUCCAGCUCGAAAGCCAUGAUGCUGGAAGCGAACCAGGCCGACUACCUGGCGAUGUGCAAAUCCGGUGAUCAAUCGUCCGGCGGAUCGUCCUCUUCGCUGGCCGGCCCGAACGCGUUCAACUCGCUGGCCAAGAUGUACUCCAGUGAGGAGCUCGCCCAAGCGUUCAACCUGGCCAACAUGAACCAGAUGGCGCGGUACGAGCCGGAAAUGCUGCAAUCGUUGAUGGCCGGUGGCUUGCCCAAGACGCUUCCCCCAACCGACGAUGAAGUUCCGUCCGCACCGAAGGUGGCCUUCAAGUGUAAAAAGUGCAAUUUCAAGAACCCCUUCCGCGAGAUGGUCCUGCUGCACAUCAAGUCGACCCACCUGAGCGGUUCCGCGGACAAGUCCGGCGCCGACGCUGACAUCGACCUGUGCGAAGACCAACACCAGCAGCACGAUCAACCUUCGGCGGACCCCUCGGCCGAAAGUCCCGCGCCAGCAAACAACAGUACGCACAACCAUCACCCCACACUCUCCCCGCUCAGAACAGCAACAACCACAUCCAGAACAUCAACGUCCUCACCGGGUUUGGUGGUGCCGGUUACGUCGAGUCCCCGCCGACGAAGCGUCGUCGGGGUCGUCGUCGGUGGUUUGGCGGCCCCGACAGUGGAUAAUAGUGGGUCCUCCUCUUCCGGUGGUGCUGGUUCUGCGACGGCGGUGGCCAAUUCACCGCCGAGUGGCGGGGGCGGAACCGUCGUUGGCUUCCCCAGUAACAAUUAUACCACUACUAACGCUACUACAUUAAUUGGUGUCGGAUUAAACCUUACUCAGGCUGUUGUAGCUAAUGACAAUCGGUUGGGAUCAACUUCAACCUUCACCUCCUUCAGUAACAGUAACAGUACUAUCCCCACUACUACUACUACUACUAGUGUCGUGUCGUGUGGUGGUGAGGUGGACAAUAGUAGAACAAUCGGAGUGAGCACUCCUUCUACUCAAACCAAUUCGACGGGCAUUAAGGGAACUUCUUCGCCACCAACGGCGUCGAACGCGUCGUCGUCGUCGUCGUCGUGGCGGCCGAGUGCCCCGUACCGGUGCGGUCAUUGUCAUCAGGUGUCCAAUUGGAAGCAUGUUAUUCAGAGACACUGCCGUUUAAAGCAUAACGGCAACGUGCUGAUCGAGAUGGUCAACACUGCCGCAAAACAACAGCAGCAGCAAAAUCAACCACUAACAACAACAACACCAACAACUUCUUCUUCAAACCAACAACAACAACAACAGCCGGCAACGGGCGGCGUGUCGCAAAACGUAACUGAUUUACGCAAUUUGAAGAAAGUGCGAAAGCCAUUUCAAUCAUUCGACUCAGUUUCACAGGAUAUCACCGUACAGCCGGUCACGCUGCACCCGAUAGAGCUGGUGCCCGAGGUCAGCCUGGUGGUCCAGGAGAUGCCGAUGGUGCUGAUUCCGAUUGGUGACGGUGGUGGUCCCCCUCCCCUGACGCUCCUGUCCCCACUGACGACGACGACGACGCUUCCGACGACCUCAACAACUCCCAUGACAUUCAUUAACCUGACGGAGGAAUCCUCGCUGGAACUCCCGCCGCUGGUUAGGACGACCGUGACUCUACCGACGCCGAUGCAAACCGAUACCAGUGACGGAGUGACCGAGCCGGAACCGGAACCGGAAGUGGUUCCGGUUGCGAGCAGCUCGCGCUCCAAGCGAUACCAGUGUCCGGCGUGUCCGUACGUGACGGACAGCAAGACCCAGUUUGCGUACCACAAAUCGUUCCACAGACCACGUGGCGAUCCGUACCAGUGUAGCGAAUGCUCGUACAACGUCACCAAGAAGCACCUGUUGAUUCAGCACCAGAAAACGCACUCGCACAGCACUGCUUCACCAGUUAGUGAAGCUCCGGCCAAACAACCUUUGGGCGAACUGUCCCUAGUGAUGGGCAACGCAACCAAGUCCAGUGGUCUAACUCCGGCGGAGAUCCUCGAUCUGACGAAGAAUAUGGGCCACGAAGUCAGCAUAACACCGGCGAUCAACAACUCCAGCAGCAGCAGCAACUCCACCGGCAAGGGUCAACUGGUCCCCAAGAUCGUGUACUACUGCAAGAACUGUCCAGCGCGAUACCUGGACGAGAGCGAAAUCGUGAUCCACCAGAACAAGCACCACCAGCAGGACAAGUACAAAUGCGACCUGUGUUCGUUCUCUACCUGUGACGAGUCCGGGAUCGCGAACCACCGGAACGUCCACGGACUCAACUACCGCAUCGUAACGGCGGAACUUCGCCGGCACAACGUCGAAAGCGAACGACAUCCGCGGCCCAAGAUCAUCUCGAUUCGCGUCGGGGACGAUCACCGGGAUAAGGCUUGGGUCGUCAAAAGGGACUACGAAGCGAUGCAACCGCCGGAACCGGAAGAACCUAUCCUGGUGGAAGAUCCCAUCGUAAUAGAAGAUUCUGCUGCAGUUGAAGACCCUGUCGUUGUGGUGGAAGAUCCCGUCCCAGUGGUAGAAGACGCUACCCCAAUUGAAGACCCUGUCGUUGUGGUAGAGGAUUCCGCCCCAAUUAAAGACCCCGUCAUCGUGGAAGAUCCCGUCCCAGCGGUAGAACCAAUGCAGGUGGAGGAACCUGCUCCAGCUCCACCCACACCACCACAACCUCCACCAACACCGCCUCCACCCCCACCAAAAGCGAAGAAAACCGACCCUCCCCGAAUCCGUCGAUCAGCGCGGGUCAAACAACCCGCUCCGCAACCAACGCACAAACGCACGCUCAUCAAGAAAUCGUCUUCGAAGCAACUCUACAGCUGCGAUCACUGCGACCACACGGACAAGGACGAGGCGGCGCUGAAGGACCACGUCAAGUUCCACUUCCGGGACAUUCUGUUUCCGCGGAGGGUCGACGGGGUCGAGGCGCGGCGCGGACCGUUCCGGCAAAAGAUCACCAUGGUGGACGAUCCGGAGCAGUCGUUUGAGCUGCAGUUCGAUGAUGAGGAGGAGGAGGAGGAUCAUGAGGAGGAGUGUCCGGAGGAGGAAAGGAUCUUCAUUGAGAUCUAGGGGCAGUUAUAUGAGGGUUUGGGGUGGUUUGUGGUGGAAUUGAAUCUUGCAACUUGUUGACAAUCUAGAAAGAUGCUUGAAAUUCCCGUUACAGUCUUGUAAUCCGAUCAUAAUAUUUACCUUUUUUGACUGAACGUCACGACCAUUCCUGUCAGACAAGUUUGAACAUCCAUCAAACUCAAUCCAAAUCAAAGAAUCCUCUCUACGGUAAACUUUCCGCAGUAUGCUUGGCCGCAUUGAUGUUUGUGGUUUUUUGAGUUGUUGUUGUUUAUUCCAAGUAUCGUGUCCAAACUCCAAACCAAAUUCUUGCAAAGCCUAAUCACAGUGUAAUAUUGUUUUGGUACACGGAUAUCCCGAUUUUAAAACCGCUCAAAAUUUAUUAAAACUUUUUUUUUAUGUUUCUAAUUUUUUUUUCUUUUUCGAUUUCGCGCCAUUUUUUUAGAUAAUUUUAACAAAAAAUGUUAUUUUUUGAACAGUGAUUUUUUUUGCUUUCCCUGCUGUUUUACGAUUUACGAUUAAAACCAUUUCUGAUCACUUUUUUCAUUUUAAUGCAAAAAAAAAAUUUGGCUGGACAACAUUUUUUAAAUGGAUCAACUAUGGUCCCCUUCGAACAAGCUGUCGUUUCUUUCAAGAAGGACCGUGACGUUAUUUUUAAAAAUUGAAUUAAAAAUCAAUUUUUAAUCCUUUCCGGGUUUUUCAUUGUACCCAGGAAAAUUCGCUUUAUCGUUGUGAACAAUAAUAUCACAAAGUUAAGCUUAACUUUAACACCCAAAAUGUUUUUAUUAUAUUUAAUUUCACUUUUCUUUUAAAACGUAUGUCCGGUAUCUGUUAAAAAAAAACUUAAAUGGUUUAAAAUCCUUGAGUUUGAAAAAAUACAAAAAGCUUUCAAGUUGCAAGACAAUCGCCCAUCACACCACCCCGAAUCAGUUAAUAGACGUACUAUAUUUUUGAUAUUAGCUAGCUAGUGUACAACGAUAUAACCCUCCACAAAAAACACAAAUAACAAACAAACACUGCAAAAUCGAACCAGUGCACACACAUACACAAACAAACACUAUAGACACCUGAAUUUGUUGUAUAAUCAAAACACAAAUCGUAGCAUAAGAAGCAUCCUGAGCGAAAACAAAAAAAAAUAAAGCCCAGGAGUGAAGGUUCUUCGUAGUUUGCCAUUAAACCAAAAUUGGAACAAAUGAGAAAAUCUCAAACAAGUACAAAUUGAGUUAUGAUUUUACGUUGAAACCCCCCCUGUAUUAGUAACGAAAUUUUAGCGAAACAAAAGCUUCAUUUAUUUUUCAACACAUUUAGUAUAAUAGCUGCAAUCAUACCAAGCACGCGGACUACAGUUCAAGAGACACACCAGCAAAUAACGGUUAUUUACUUUCAGCAGAUUUUUAAAAGCAAUUUUGCAUACUACACUCAAUUACACACACACUUUAGGCUAAGUUGAAUACAAAUCUACAAAUCACUAACUAAAAAAAAUACAAUAGAAAAGAUGGGCUUCGUAGGGGGCGAAUGUUUUUACCAUACUUAGUGUAUAAGCUAAACUAAUUUAAACUUAUGCUAGCACGAAAACAAAAAUCGUUUCAAGUCCUUUUGUUACUUUUUUUAGCCUUUAGUACACACGCAAAACCACAACCACCAACCAACCAACCAACCCAGAGCAAACGGAAAGCGCUUUCGCGAUCGCAUUUGAUGCGCAUAGAUUGCAUUAAUUUGUUUUAUUAGUAUUAUACUGUAAGCAGUUUAUUGUUUUACCCUUUAAUUUUGUUUUUGCUUCUAGCGAUUAGUCAAUCUUUCGCGAGUUAUUUCGACGCAUAACAAUCACAACGGUUGCAGAAAAUAAGAAAAAAAUCAAAUUGGAACCAGUAAAUUACGACAAUUCCAUUUUACCAGUAAAAUGUACACCAUUAGAGCGUAGAGCAAAAAACUACUAGUACUAGGACCACGCCACAAAAUCGGAACCAAAGUGUAAUCAAUCAAAAUUAUUUAACUAUUUAAGAAAGCUAGAUAAAUGGUAGAAGUGUAAAAGUAGGGCUAGCCCUAUCACACCAGUGUGGAUUGAACCAAGCGAGAGAGCAACUGCAAUUUGGCGCUGUUUUGGAUCACUUUUGUAAAUACGAUGGUAGAGUUAGAUGUACAAUUUGUUGUUGAAUUUGAUUUUAUAGGAAUAUGGCGUUGAAUAAAGUAUAUGGUUAUUUAUAAAAAAAA